ACGAGAUGAAUAUGAUUUUUGUUAUACACAGGAAUCUUCGCACCUUCCUUCCUUUCUUGUUGGUGAAUCAUCCUCACAAGUCAUAAAUCAUACCCAAUUAAAGCGUUCAUUGUAGCCGUUACAAUUACGCAAACACCUCUCUCGCCCUCUAUCUCUCCAUGAACUUAUUUUUCCAAUUUUACCCCUACCGACUAAAAAACGACCUCCAUCAACUUUCUCACAUCACUAUAAAUACCACCAACGAACCAAACCAUACUUUCCACCAUCACAACAAUUUUCAGAUUCACUCCUCUCUCUUCCGCGCAAAGAUAAAGGCAGUUUAGUUGCUACUAAUGGGAACAGUUGUUGAAGCUUCAAACAAGGAUACAAAUGGAAGCUUCCUAAAUACAAAUCCUACAGUUGUGUUUGUGUUAGGUGGCCCGGGCAGUGGAAAAGGUACCCAAUGUGCAAACGUUGUCCAAAAUUUUGGCUAUACUCACCUCAGUGCUGGUGAUCUUCUGCGAGCAGAAAUCAAAUCUGGCUCUGAAAAUGGUACAAUGAUCCAGAAUAUGAUUAAAGAAGGAAAAAUUGUUCCGUCUGAGGUAACAAUUAAACUUUUGCAACGAGCAAUCCAGGAAAAUGGCAAUGACAAAUUUCUUAUUGAUGGUUUUCCUCGCAAUGAGGAAAACCGUGCAGCAUUUGAGAAAGUGACAGGAAUAGAGCCAACAUUUGUCCUAUAUUUUGAUUGCCCAGAGGAAGAGAUGGAGAGACGACUUCUUAGUAGGAAUCAGGGUAGAGAAGACGACAACAUCGAAACAAUAAGGAAGCGGUUCAAGGUUUUCUUGGAGUCUAGUCUACCUGUGAUUAAUUAUUAUGAUGCCAAGGGAAAAGUUCGCAAGAUUGAUGCUGCAAGGCCCGUUGAAGAUGUAUUUGAGUCAGUCAAAGCAAUUUUUGGUCCAAAAAAUGAGAAGGCUGAUUGAGUAUGCCACCCUUGAUUUCAUGCUGGAUAUUUAAGAGGUCACAUUGUUAUUAUUGGUUGCUUGUGCUUUUGCCUCACAUUUUGUUGCUAGAUAUAGAAAAAUGCAUUUUAUACCUGAGGUUUUUGCUCCUAUAUUCUAUUGUUGUACCUUAUGGACUCAUUCAUUGAUAACAAAUAAAGAUUUUUUGUGAGUUAUGUAUGCA